CAGACUCUUACUUUCCUGACUUGUUUUUCCUAUGAAUUUGCAAGACACUGCUGCCAAAUGUGAUUUACGUCUCUGUGAUCAAACCUGACAGCGAUGCAUCUGGGCCACCUGCUCAGCAGCACCUCCACUCUCCAAAUUUCCUCUCCAGGCGUCCCUUCCUCCCACCAAUUUCUCCUGGACUCCAGACGGCCCAAACAAGUCAGAGCUAUUAUAGCUCCUAUGAGGGGGAUGGAGAACAAUGGAGAAGUGCAGACAGCACAACCUCCAAGGAGCUGCAGCUCGCCCGAAGCUCCUGGGAAAUCUUGCUGGAGCUUGGACCUGAGGGUGGCCGUUCUGCUGGUGACUCUGGCUGCAGCUGUUAUCCUGCUGCUGCUCUACAAACUACUACAGCUGAGGCACAGGCUCAGACUGGCGAGGGCGAUGAAUGCUUUAGAGUACAGCAGCUUCUACCACAGCGCCACCUACAGGCUGAAACAUCCCACCGCCUGUCAGGAAACACCCUUCAAAAACGGGGUCAUCCCUGAAGAUACGACUCCGAUCCAAACCAUAGCGGCAGCAGUCUCUUCCACCGUCAUCGGCCUGCCUGCUCCUCCUCCACCUGCACUUCCUCUCCCACCGACUCCUGUUCUACCACCUCCACCUGAGCACCGCCCUUCGACUCCCCGCGUCCUGUCGCUCCCUCUCCCCCUGCCUCUGAUCCAAACCACCCCACCCAGCCCUCACCUGUCAUGGGGGGCCUGCUCGGAUGCAGAGGUUUACUCUCGGAUCGGUGCUUUCAGGCCUUCCAGGCUCUCCAGCCUCUCCAGCCAGUCCACAGUCAUCCUGUUUGAACACUCUGCACUGUGAAUGAACUCUAAAUGAUGACUAGAUAAACUGACUAAGACAGAAAUGUAAUCGUCAUCUGUAGUGCUAUCGUCUACAGAUAUUUACUCUGUAUCUCAAAUUUGUGCAUAAACCUUAAUAAAAAGUCAGUCCAGAGUCCCAUCAGAUGGCGUCAAACAGGAUGAGAAUCACAACCCUCCGAUGUGACUGAAUAAAA